AUGUUCUGUCUUCGCAGCUGGCUACCUCUUCUCUUCAUUCCAACCAACGCCUCCCCGCUCUUCAUCGUCUCCUUCGUCACUCUCACUUAUGUCCUCCAUCGUCCCUGUAUCUACUGCUCCGCACUCCUUCUGAUCCUCUUCAUCUCGUCCUGUCACUGGUCAGACCGGUGUUUCUUCGAUCUCCGUGGUGACUGGUUCUCUCCUCGCUUCACCACCACCACCAAUUCUACCGCCGCCGUGGCGGAUCCCAUCCAUUCCAACUCUUCCAUGAUCGCUCCCAGUGAAACCCUCGCCGAAUACGUGUUUGAAACCGUCAACGCCACGACCAAGGCCCUGGCCAGGGCCUUGGUCGACGAGGCGCAGCGUCGUCUAGCGCUGAAUGGCACCUCCUCGUCCGCGGGAGUCUCCGAACUCAGACAGGAAGAAUGGACCGGUGUCGGACUGCAGUGGUUGCGCAGUCUGUUGGGACGUCAUGAAUGGACUCUACCUUGUGUAGAUGUCAAAGUCCGAUUAUAG